AUGAGGUUCACAUUCCAAAAUAAUUGGUUCAGUAUAGUUAUUUUGUCGAUAUAUAUCUCGCUUACGGGUGCACUUAAUCUAACUGCGGGAGAUAGGGAUUCUGUGUGUGAAGCAGCAAAAUUCGUAGUUCAAGGGGAACUCAAUUAUUACGAAGGUAUCAAAUAUGGUGGGACAGUAGGCAUGUUUGCAAGUCCAAACUAUUGGUGGAAUGCUGGUGAAGCAUUUGGGGGAUUGUUAGACUAUUACACAUUUUGCGAUAAUGAUAACAAAACAUUGAAAAGUUUGAUAUAUGAUGGUAUGUAUCACCAAGCCGGUGAAUCAUUUAAUUACAUUCCAUCGAACCAGUCCAUGGUAGAAGGUAACGAUGAUCAAGGUGUUUGGGGUUUGGCUGUAAUGGAAGCAGUCGAAAGAAAUUUUACCGAUCCAGAGGACCAUAGUUGGUUAUCGAUGACGCAAGCCAUUUUCAACACUAUGGAUGCCAGAUGGGAUACGGAGCAUUGUGGAGGUGGGUUAAGAUGGCAAAUUUUUACCUGGAAUUCAGGUUACGAUUAUAAGAAUUCUAUUGCUAAUGGAUGUCUUUUCAAUAUCGCUGCUCGUUUGGCUAGGUUUACCAGAAAUGAGUCGUACGCCAAAGUUGCGGAAAAAGUAUGGGAUUGGAUGGAAGAAGUUGGGUUUUUGACCUCCGAAGACGAUGAAUUAGUCCUUCAUGAUGGUGCAAAGAUUGGUGAUAAUUGUACUGAUGUCACCGACAAGAAAUGGUCUUACACAUAUGGUAUAUUUAUUGCUGGAUGUGCAUACAUGUACAACUUUACUGAGGACAGUAUAUGGUCAGAAAGAGCCACGGAAAUCAUCGAAGCGUCCAGUUACUUUUUCAAGGAUGGUGUUAUGUAUGAAACGACAUGUAUGCCUAAUCAUUGUAAUAACGAUCAAAGGUCUUUCCAUUCAUUGUUUGCACGUUGUCUUGGGAUAACAACUGUUUUGGUUCCCGAGACUGUUUCUUUACUUGAAGAUAAACUUGAUAAAAGUGCGGAGGCUGCAGCACAGUCGUGUUCUGGUGGUGAUGAUGACAUUACAUGUGGCGAAGAUUGGACGCAUUCUGGGUGGGAUGGAGUGUAUGGAUUAGGUGAACAGAUGUGUGCCUUAGAAGCAAUGCUUGCUACAAUAGUGAGAGAAUUCCCCGUUUACACCAAAGAUAACGGAGGUAGCUCAAAAAGUAACCCCACUGCAGGAACCAAUACUGAAGAUGAAGUUAACAAGAACGUUUUGAAUAUUUCUACAAAAGAUAAGGCUGGUGCUGGUGUAUUAACUGCGGUUGUGUUAGGAAUUGUAUUAGGUGGUUCUGCGUGGAUGGCCAUCUGA